AGACGCAAUGGCUGCCUCUUUAUACAUCUCUGCACUGGCCGGCACCAGCUAGCUAGUAACACAGUUGGUUCACUACACCGAAAACUUCAGCAGGCACGGUGCCGAACAUGGCCUCUCAUUCUCCUGCCACUACAGGCUUUCAGAACGUAUGCAGAGAGAUCCAUGGUGCGUGCGAUGAGCCGCGCUGUCUGAGCCGCCUCCUGGCUCACCGGAGCCCGUCAGAGAGGCAGCAGAUCAAGGCGGAUUACCACACAAUGUUCGGCGAAGACCUCGUCGCUCGACUGCAGAAAACCCUCGCGGCCAAUCAGGACAACGAGCUCUGUAGUCUGCUCUACCUGUGGAUGCUCGACCCGGCUGAGCGUGAUGCGAUCAUGGCGAGGGAUGCCAUCGAGAGCGCCAUGACCGAUUACCGGGUCCUUGUCGAGAUAUUCACACGGAGGAAGCAGGAGCAGCUCUUCUUCACCAAGCAGGCGUACCUGCCCAGGUUCAAGAAGAACCUGGAGCACGACUUGGUUACAGAGCCUUCACACCCAUAUCAGAGGCUAUUGGUAGCUCUCGCGACCUCCCAUAAGUCGCACCACGAUGAAGCCAGCCAGCACAUCGCGAAAUGCGACGCCAGGCGGUUGUAUGACGCGAAGAACGCCAGCGGUACGGGAUUGGUCGAUGAGGCCACUGUUCUUGAGAUGUUCAGCAAGAGGAGCAUCCCACAGCUCAGGAUGGCAUUCUGCAGUUACAAGCACAUAUACGGGCAUGACUUCACCAAGACACUGAAGAAGAAUUUGUGUGGUGAGUUUGAAGAGUCUCUGAGAGUUGUUGUCAAGUGCAUCUACAGCCCUUCCAAGUAUUACUGCAAGUUACUGCAGAGAAGUAUGCAACCACCAAGGACCAAUAAAAGGUUGGUUACAAGGGCCAUCCUGGGCAGCGAUGAUGUCGGUGUGGACGAGAUAAAGUUAGCAUUCAAGAAUAACUUUGGAAGGAACCUUGAGGAUUUCAUCCAUGAAAGCUUACCUCAGAGUGAUUACAGAGACUUUCUUUGGAUGUGGCAAGGGGGCCAGUGACCUCAUGAAGUCAGACUCGGGGGAAUCUUUGACUCGUCCACGGAAUUUUAUACAAACUUGAAUUUUGUAAUAGCAAGUUGAACAUGAAAAGUAGCAGCACCAUGUUAUCUGAACUUGGGAUUAGUGCUAAAUGCUAGCAGUUUGCUUACAUAAUUGUUUGACAUCCAUUGUGGCAAAUUUAUUAGAUCUCAUCUACUAUAAAAAGAUUGUAGAAUGUACGCUUGUUGUCGAGGAGUAUAUAUUUUCAAAUGAGCUUCUUCUUUCGGAA